AUGUCUGACGGAGAAUCUUGGAGUCGUGAAGUUCACGGAAAACUUAACGAUCUCUUGACUUCGUUUGAAAAACGCGAGAGUGAGCUGACGAGAUUGAGCGAGCAACUCGCAAGAGAUCGUGCUGAAUUUGAACAAGAAAUGAAGGCUAGGCGAGAAAGCGAGGAAAUGGCAAUUCAAGAGCAAUACAAAGAUCUUGACGAGACAAGGCAACGGAUUGAAAAAGAGAAGAAAAGUAUGGAAGAAGUGUAUGAAUUCCAAUCAUCACCUGUUCAUCUCAACAUAGGAGGGCAUCGUUUCACGACUUCCCUUCAGACUCUGAGGCGAGACAAAGACUCAAUGCUAGCUACCAUGUUUUCAGGGAGGCACAAACUUUUACAAGAACCAGAUGGAAGUUAUUUCGUGGACAGAGAUGGCACCCAUUUCAGGCACAUUUUAAAUUAUCUCCGUGAUGGGUUUAGACCUGAUUUGCUUCCACAGGAUGAAAUAUCACUGAGGGAAAUCAUAAACGAGGCGCACUAUUAUCAACUCAGUGAUCUAGUAGCUAGCGUGGAGAAUAUCUUGGAUCCGCCACCACCGGCGCCAGACUUUACCCAGGAUGAAAUUAAUGACAUGCUGGCGACCUUGACAAGACAGGCCUCCACAAGCGCUCGUCCUUCACCAAGUCAGCCCAAACCAGAUGCAGCAGUAGGCUCGUCCAGAUUUAAAAAUGCAGACUUUGUCUCCCACAACAUGACCAAAAAUAAUGUAGAUUUCAGUGGUAAAAACCUUUCAGGUCUUUCCUUUGCACAUACAACAUUUGCACAUAAUGUUUCAUUUGCAGAGGCUUGUCUGGUAAACACAAGUUUCUAUGGUUGUGAGUUUUCCAGUCAUGUAGUGGUUGAUUUCACGAAUGCUGACAUCUCAGGUGCAGAUUUCCGACAGUGUCGAUGUAUACAAAGUGGCCCAAAUGCAUUCAGUAGUCUUGGGGGUGUCCCAGCAGGUACUGGUGGUUUCAUGUUUGGCUCCAGCUGUUCAAGUUUCACGCAGCUGAUAAAGACAGGUCAUGUCAAGUUUACUGGUUCACGGCACAUUGGUACCAAAUUUGAUCCACACAUUAUUGAUUUCAUUAGUUUUUGA